AAAUCUUCAAUCGAGAUCGCAAAAAUGGAGAAACCAAACCCUAGACGACCUUCAAACACUGUUCUCCCUUACCAAACUCCUCGAUUAAGAGAUCACUACCUCCUCGGCAAAAAGCUAGGCCAAGGCCAAUUCGGCACAACCUAUCUCUGCACCGAGAAAUCAACCUCCGCUAAUUACGCCUGCAAAUCAAUCCCCAAGCGCAAACUCGUCUGCCGCGAGGAUUACGAGGAUGUCUGGCGCGAGAUUCAGAUCAUGCAUCAUCUCUCUGAGCAUCCCAAUGUUGUUCGGAUCAAGGGUACUUACGAGGAUUCCGUUUUCGUUCACAUCGUUAUGGAGGUUUGUGAAGGAGGCGAGCUUUUUGAUCGGAUUGUUUCAAAGGGCCAUUUCAGCGAGCGUGAGGCCGUGAAGCUUAUCAAGACGAUUCUUGGUGUUGUUGAGGCUUGUCAUUCGCUUGGUGUUAUGCAUAGAGAUCUCAAACCUGAGAAUUUCUUGUUUGAUAGUCCCAAGGAAGAUGCGAAGCUCAAGGCUACGGAUUUUGGUUUGUCUGUUUUCUACAAGCCAGGAAACAUUUCUUGUAUCGAUGUUCUUCAUUUUGAGUCUCUGAAACCUCAUGCGUUGAUUGGAGUUAUUCUGCGACAAUAUCUAUACGACGUUGUUGGAAGUCCGUACUAUGUUGCACCAGAGGUUUUAAAGAAAUGUUAUGGACCUGAAAUAGAUGUGUGGAGCGCCGGUGUUAUCCUCUACAUCUUACUAAGCGGUGUUCCUCCUUUCUGGGCAGAAACCGAGUCUGGAAUCUUUAGACAGAUAUUGCAAGAGAAGUUAGAUUUUAAAUCUGACCCGUGGCCAAGUAUCUCAGAAGCUGCUAAAGAUUUGAUCAACAAAAUGCUUGAAAGGAGCCCCAAGAAACGCAUUUCUGCUCAUGAAGCCUUGUGUCACCCAUGGAUUGUCGAUGAACAUGCAGCACCAGACAAGCCUCUUGAUCCAGCAGUUUUAUCGCGACUAAAGCAGUUCUCGCAAAUGAACAAGAUUAAAAAGAUGGCCUUACGGGUAAUAGCUGAGAGACUUUCAGAGGAAGAAAUUGGAGGUCUAAGGGAAUUGUUCAAAAUGAUAGAUACAGAUAACAGCGGGACGAUUACAUUCGAAGAGCUCAAAGCGGGUUUGAAGAGAGUUGGAUCCGAACUGAUGGAAUCAGAAAUCAAGUCUCUUAUGGACGCGGCUGAUAUUGACAACAGCGGUACAAUAGACUAUGGAGAGUUUCUUGCAGCAACAUUACACAUGAACAAGAUGGAGAGAGAGGAGAAUCUUGUGGCUGCGUUUUCGUAUUUUGACAAAGACGGUAGCGGAUAUAUCACCAUUGAUGAGCUUCAGUCAGCUUGCACAGAGUUUGGUCUAUGUGAUACACCUCUCGAUGAUAUGAUCAAGGAGAUUGAUCUUGAUAAUGACGGGAAGAUCGAUUUCUCGGAGUUUACGGCAAUGAUGAGGAAAGGAGAUGGAGUUGGGAGAAGCAGAACCAUGAUGAAAAAUUUGAACUUCAACAUGGCUGAUGCUUUUGGAGUUGAUAACCAAAACGCUCAAAAAUCUGAUGAUUGA